AUGGCAGUGGACGAAACUGCGGCGCCGCUCAAGGCGACUGGACCUGAAAACGAGAAAGAGAAGCAGGAUGCAGCCGCCAAACCCGCACCACCACCUGCCGGGCUGCCCAGCAUCACGUAUCCCGGCGUCUGGCAUUACUCUCUUCUGGCCUUUGCGCUGCUGCUGGCCAUGUUUCUCGUUGCACUCGACGUAAGCAUCAUUGCCACGGCCAUCCCGACCAUCACGGCCGAGUUCCACAGCGUCAGCCAGAUUGGCUGGUACGGCUCUGCCUUCUUCAUGUCCCUGGCUGCCUUCCAGGCCUUCUGGGGCAAGGCCUACAAAUACUUUGCCCUCAAGAUUGUCUUCCUCAGCUGCAUCGGCAUCUUUGAAAUCGGCAGUCUGAUGGCAGCCCUCGCGCCCAACAGCAACGUCCUCAUCCUGGGCCGAGCCAUCCAGGGCCUCGGCGGCGCAGGCAUCACCGGCGGCUGCUACACUAUUUUUGCAUUUAUAACGCCGCCCAAGAACAUGCCCGCCAUCCUCGGCCUCUCCUCGUCCGUCUGGAGCUGCUCGUCCGUCCUUGGCCCUCUCCUCGGCGGCCUUUUUACGCAGGACGUGACGUGGCGAUGGUGCUUCUGGGUCAACCUGCCCAUUGGCGGCACCACCAUGCUCAUCUUGCUUUUCGUGUUCAAGACGCCUGCUCAUUCGCGCAUGGCUCACACCACCUGGAAAGAGGUGCCUUUCCUCUUUGACUUGCCCGGCAUCGUCACCAUUGUCGCCGCGCUCGUCUGCCUCCUCGUUGCGUUCGAGGAGGGUGGCGUGCUCCGUCUCUGGACCGACAGUGUGCCCAUUGGCCUCGUCGUCGGGUUUGUCCUGCUCAUGGGCCUGCUGGUCGUCAUAGAGUGGAAGCAGGGAGAAAAGGCCAUGAUUGUGCUGCGCAUCAUGAAGCGCAGGACCAUCCUCAUCCUCGCCCUCUUCAACCUCACAGCCCAGGCUGCCGGUUUUGCUCGUACAUACAAUCUGCCCAUUUACUUCCAGGCUGUGCAGGGUGUCUCGCCUUCCCAGUCCGGUAUCCGCAUGUUGCCCACUGUGCUCACGACGUCUCUGUUUAGCUUCAUUGGAUCCGUCGCGCUCGGCAAGCUAGGCUACUACCAGCCGUUCCUUUUGGUUGGGGCUGUCUUUCUAACCAUUGGCUCCGGCAUGCUCUACACUCUCGGGCCUGAGUCGUCUGCCGCCCACUACAUUGGCUACCAAAUCCUGGCCAGUAUUGGCUCUGGCCUUGUCAUUCAGAUCAACGUGGUUGUCGCGCAGGCCAUUACGCCUCGCCCAGACAUGGCCGUGACCAUUGCCCUCGUCCUGCUGUGGCAGUUCGUUGGCGGCACCAUCGGAGUCUCGGCGGCCCAGAAUAUUCUGAACAAUGUCCUACUGAAGUCGCUUCCCGUCAAUAGUCCCAACAUUACGGCCGCCAAGGUCCUUGCUGCUGGCACCACGUCGUUGCACGACGCUUUUCCCGACCCUGCAGAUUUUUCCACUGUUGUCAAUGCCUAUAUGAAUGGCAUUCGUGCCGCCUGGAUCUGGGGCAUCAUUUUAUCUGGCCUCGCUUUUCUUAUUGCGUUUGGUGCCGAGUGGAGGAGCAUCAAGGUCGAGGAUGUUCAAAAGCGCACUGAGGAAAAACCCGCUACAUCUCAAGCUUGA